AUGAGCUCCACGGGAAGCAACCAGAUGAGCGGCCAGAACAUGGGCAACCCGAUGGGCGGCCAGAACAUGAGCAAUCCGAUGGGCGGGCAGAACAUGGGCAACCCGAUGGGCGGGCAGAACAUGGGCAACCCGAUGAGCGACCAGAGCAUGGGCUAUGA